CGGCACCGGAUUGGCUGCGGCAGCCCCGGAAGCAGCUCUGCGGGGCCGGAGUGCGUGAUGGUCGGCGGAGAAAAGGAGACGGUGCGGGGCUGAAACACGGUUCGAGUCCAGGUGAAGCUUCAGCCGCACAGUCUGUCAGGAUGAUCCGUCCGUUGCUGAUGUGCUUCGUCCUCUGCGUCGUCUUCGGCAGCAGCAAGCCGACGGAGAGGAAGAGUCGAGUUCAUGACGAAGAACCCCUCAGCCACCUCGAGCACGACGACGGCAAGAACUACGACUACGACCACGAAGCCUUUCUGGGUCAGGAAGAGGCCAAAACCUUCGACAACCUCCCGCCGCAGGAGAGCAAACGGAGGCUCGGAAUCAUCGUGGAUAAAAUCGACAGCGACAAAGACGGUUUAAUCACCGAGGACGAGCUGAAGGUUUGGAUCAAGAACGCUCAGAAGAGGCACAUUUUCAACAGCGUGGAGCAUCAGUGGAAAGACUUCGACAUGAACAACGACGGCCGCAUCAGCUGGGAGGAGUACAAGAACGUCACGUACGGGAGUUACCUGGACGACCCCGACACGAACACCGAGUACAACUACACUCAUAUGAUGUCGAGGGACGAGAGACGUUUCCGAGUCGCGGACAGAAACGGAGACCUGAUCGCAGACAAAGAGGAGUUCACCGCUUUCCUUCAUCCCGAGGAGCACGAGCACAUGAAGGACAUCGUGGUGCAGGAAACGAUGGAAGACAUCGACAAGAACGGAGACGGUUUCAUCGACCUGAAGGAGUACAUCGGGGACAUGUACACCUCAGAGGACGUGGAAGAAGAUCCGGAGUGGGUGGCGUCAGAGCGUCAGCAGUUUUCUGAGUUCAGAGACAAGAACAAAGAUGGAAAGAUGGACAAAGAGGAGACUCUGGACUGGAUUCUUCCGUCUGACUACGACCACGCCGAAGCUGAAGCCAAACACCUCGUCCACGAGUCCGACGCCAACAAGGAUGGAAAACUCACCAAACAGGAAAUCCUCGACAAAUACGACGUGUUUGUUGGAAGUCAGGUGACGGACUUCGGCGAGGCUUUACUACGACACGACGAGUUCUAGAGACUCGAUGUUCAGAUUGAAAACACUGACGGCACUCGUGUUUUUUAAGGAUAAUUUAUUUUGUGAAGCUGCAGGAGAGAAAAAAAAACGUUUUAAACAGCUUCCACUGCUCGGUUUGAUGUUUUUAUAUUAUUUCACUUCUUUAUAUUGCGUCCACGUUCGGGUUGUUUCUGCUCCGGCUGACGACACAGAAUCUGGUUUGAAGUGUUUUCCUGCUGCUCUGUCAGUUCACUGAUCUCUCCUCCGUUUGGUGCCUCACUUUUUACCUGUAAACCUUCUGUUUCCUUUCUGUUAAUGGUGCCAUCGAGGGAUUUACACUAAAGUUUCGUUUCUGUUCAGAACUUUGAUUUAUUGAGAAAAAAUGUCUUGAACUGUUACUUUUUAUAUUACUGUUAAUAAUUUACAGUUUGUACUUGCACACGGACAGAAAGUCGCUGAGUCAUAUUUUGGACUUCAUGCUGUACUUUGACUUUCACAGCCUGUUUAUCAAUAAAAACAUAAAGUUUUAA